AUGGCAAAGCUCGGAAAACGCACCAAGGCCCUGCGUGAGGGCCUCGACGCCAACGCGAUCCUGCCGCUCGAAGAAGCCGUGGGCAAGGUCAAGGAGCGCGCCACGGCCAAGUUCGACGAGACCAUCGAAGUCGCCAUGAACCUCGGUGUCGAUCCGCGCCACGCCGACCAGAUGGUUCGCGGGGUCGUCAACCUGCCCAACGGCACCGGCCGUUCGGUCAAGGUGGCCGUGUUCGCACGCGGCGACAAGGCCGAGGAAGCCAAGGCCGCCGGUGCCGACAUUGUCGGCGCCGAGGAACUGGUGGAAGCCGUGCAGGGCGGUCAGAUCGAGUUCGACCGCUGCAUCGCAACGCCCGACAUGAUGCCGCUGGUCGGCCGCCUCGGCAAGGUACUCGGCCCGCGCGGCCUGAUGCCGAACCCCAAGGUCGGCACCGUGACCCCGGAUGUUGCCGCAGCGGUGAAGGCCUCCAAGGGCGGUGCCGUCGAGUUUCGCGUCGAAAAGGCCGGCAUCGUCCAUGCCGGAGUCGGCAAGGCCUCGUUCGACGAAAAGGCGAUCGCCGAAAAUGUGCGUGCGUUUGCCGAUGCGGUGCAGAAGGCCAAGCCGUCCGGCGCCAAGGGCACCUAUGUCAAGCGCGUGGCGAUUUCCUCGACCAUGGGCGCGGGCGUCAAGGUCGAUCCGGCGAGCCUUUCGGCCGCCGAGUGA